CGCCGUUGCCUGUGUGGUCCUCCAUCCUCCAGAUCCCGGUCCUGCCUUUCUUCGCCCGGCCUCUACCCCCUUUCUCGUCUCUGUCGUCGAGUCAACUCUUUUCACCUCCCUCCAGCCCCACAUCCCGUCUUCUCUCCCCUUUCUCAUUCAUAAUACCCCUCCUCCCUCGGUCCUUCACCCCCAGCAGUAACCAACAUUUCUGGAACAUCACCGCCCCCCGCAACAGGUGCUUUGGUUAAGUGAUUCAACGUGUCGCUUCAGAAUUUUUAUUCUCCCUCCCCUCCAGUUCUCCCACCCUUUACUCCUCAGCUCAGACGACUUGGGAACCAGCCCUGCUGCCAGCAGCGCCCUUCCAGGCAGCCUUCCUGUUCCUCCCAACUGCCCAGCCUUACGUUUGCUUCUCUACCUCAGCACUGCUAACAACCCGCCGGGAGGAGGUGUCUCUUUGUGUGUUCCCCUAACACAGGUCCCUGUACACUCUGGGGAUUCAUCUGUAAAUGCAGAUUGUAGAAAAAGGCCGCUUUGGGUUUGCCAGGGACACCAGAAUGGAGGGUGGACAGUUCUCUUUGGCAGGUUGGGUGCUGAUUGACCGGAGCGGCCGCCACUUUGGUACAAUCCUCAACUACCUGCGGGAUGGGUCCGUGCCACUGCCCGAGAGUACCAGAGAGCUGGGGGAGCUGCUAGGAGAAGCGCACUACUACCUGGUACAGGGCCUGAUUGAGGACUGCCAGCUAGCACUGCAGCAAAAAAGGGAGAACCUGUCCCCGCUGUGCCUCAUCCCCACGGUGACAUCUCCCCGGGAGGAGCAGCAGCUCCUGGCCAGCACCUCCAAGCCCGUGGUGAAGCUCCUGCACAACCGCAGUAACAACAAGUACUCCUACACCAGCACUUCGGAUGACAACCUGCUUAAGAACAUCGAGCUAUUUGACAAACUGGCCCUACGCUUCCACGGGCGGCUGCUUUUCCUCAAGGAUGUACUGGGGGACGAGAUCUGCUGCUGGUCCUUCUACGGCCAGGGCCGCAAAAUCGCCGAGGUGUGCUGCACCUCCAUUGUCUAUGCCACGGAAAAGAAGCAGACCAAGGUGGAAUUCCCAGAGGCCCGGAUCUUUGAGGAGACCUUGAACAUCCUGAUCUACGAGACUCCCCGGGGCCCAGACCCAGCCCUCCUGGAGGCCACAGGGGGUGCAGCUGGAGGUGGUGGGGCAGGCCGAGGGGAGGAUGAGGAGAACCGAGAGCACCGUGUCCGCAGGAUCCAUGUCCGGCGCCACAUCACCCACGACGAGCGUCCUCAUGGCCAACAGAUUGUCUUCAAGGACUGACCUUUGACCUUUCUCCCUGUUUUCCUCUUGCCACUGGAACCCAGUUCCUCUCUCUUUCCCUCCCUUUCCCAUACCUUUGCCCCGGCUUUGCUGGCCAAGUCGUGGGCCCUCCUGUCCCUUCAUUGCAUGGUACAGUUCACUGUGGCCCUUUUCCAUUCCCACCUCACUGCUAACAGCCGGUACAUUCCAGCCCCCUCCCUAGGUCAGAGCCCUUCAGAAGGCCUGCAUUUGUUCCCUUAUCCCAUUCUUGUCCCGCUCUUCCCUCACCAGCUGGUUUAGAGUGAUUUAGAACUCCCUCUCUCCCUCUCUCUCUCCCUUUCUCUCUCUCUCUCAGCACAUUGUAUAUGCCAAAGUGUCAAGCCAGCCCUUACUGACAUCCACCAUGUUCUGAGCCACCUCCCCACCGCUGUGCAGGGUAGUUUCCCUCCCUCCUCCUUCCCCCACCAGCCCCCCACCUCCUUAACUUUGUACUAGGCUGGCCUGGGCUUGCACCAGCUCAGCCAUCUUCUCAAUCUAUUUCAUAUUAUUUAUUUUAAUUUUCUAUUAAAUUAUUGGAAUAAAGUUGA